UUGGAGGGGGUUUUCGUUGGGGGUUGGAUUGUUGAGGCAGGCGAAGAUAAGAUGGCGGCAGAGACAGUAGGACUGCACAAGUUAAAGCUUGCUGAGUUGAAACAGGAAUGUUUGGCUCGAGGAUUGGAGGCAAAAGGAAACAAACAAGACCUCAUCAACAGACUCCAGACGUAUCUCGAGCAGCAUGCUGAGGAAGAGGCAAAUGAAGAAGAUGUCUUGGGAGAAGAAACAGAGGAAGAAGAACAGAAGCCUUUAGACAAUCCCAUCAAAGAGGAAAUAACUACAGAGACUUCUACUGAAAUAAGUGCAGAAAAAAAAGUGGUGAAAAUUACCUCAGAAAUUCCUCAAAUGGAGAGAAUGCAGAAACGAGCAGAGAGAUUCAAUGUCCCCGUGAGCCUGGAGAGUAAGAAAGCUGCGCGAGCAGCUCGGUUUGGUAUGCCUACAGUUUCAACUAAAGGUCUGAGCACAGAAAGUAAGACUACAAUAAAUAUAGACAAAUUAAAGGAAAGGGCUCAAAGAUUUGGUUUGAAUGUUUCCACAAUCUCCAGAAAGACUGAAGAUGAUGAAAAGCUGAAAAAAAGAAAGGAGAGGUUUGGCAUUGUUACAAGUUCGGCUGGAGCAGGAACCACAGAAGACACAGAGGCAAAGAAGAGAAAAAGAGCAGAACGUUUUGGCCUUGUCUGACGAUCUUCUUCUUAGUAUUUACCUGUUCAGGGCGUAUGUUUUAAAUAUUUUUAUUCUUCAUCUCUAAGGAAGAAUACAGUUUCUCCCUCACACAAAUCUUGACUUUGUAUUUCAAAGCUAGCUACUGAGUUGUGCUGUUUGCACCCUACCCCGUACUCUUUUGGACUUGAAAAGUACAGAAUAAAAGUAUUCUGCUUGUGUAUGUUGUAACCAAUUUGGAUCUAGUGAUAAAUUCUUUUAGCCAAUUCUUUAUCCAAAACACAGAUUGUUGCUUCUUUCUAGGGUAGAAGCAGCUGCACAAAAUAAAGGAUUCCCCAACUAAUAAGAAUUAUCACCUUCAGCUCCAUUUAAACUAGAUCAGUAACAAAUAAAUCAAAAAUUGUCUGAGCACUCCUUGCAUUUUUAUGUAGGCAUUCAUUGCCUUAGUAUUUCCAUUUUCCCAUACCCUGGCUAAGAAAUCCUUUUUCUCUUCCAUUCAUAAAUUUCAAUCAUAAAGUUGACCAAUUUCUUUUGAUUGCUCCUAAUCUUAGAUUUUACUUGUACUAAAAGGUGAAAUAUUUUCUCCUUGAGAUUUCAUUAUACAUUCACUAAAUGUUGGAGCUUAUGAAAUUAUGAAAUCUUAGGAUGGGUCCUGUAUUAUCCUCCCCUAAAGGAUACUUUUAUAUGUUGUGCAGUUAUAAUAUUUUAUAUGAGUGGCCCACAGAAUAGGAUUAAUUGCAUCACCAUAUGAAGGUAGUAAAAUAGUCAUGCACAUAGCUACACAGCUUCCUGGAGAUGCUCUAGUGAUAGUAAUCUUUUAGAACUAUGCCUCAAAGCUUUUAAAUUUUAUUUGUCAUGAAUACAAGAAUUUCCUCCAUUAAGAAUAGUACCAAAAAGUUCUAAAAAUGAUAGGUAUAAAAUUAUUACAAAAUAUGAUACUCAUGUUCAGGUUUUUUUUUAACACAACUUUAAAUUUGUAGUUGAUUUUCAAAUGCAGUGUUCUAUGUUUCUCUCUGAACUGAAUGUAUUUUGAAUAUCUGAUGCUUGGUGUUUCAAUUUAUUAAAGAUGAUUACUUGGAGAAAACUUCUUGCCUAUUACAUUACCUCAUCCUAUUUUCUUAUAGCUGAUUUAUUCAUAUGAGCUUUAGAAAUUAAAUGCAAUUGUAGCUGAGCAAAAGUAUAUCUUUGUCUAGGUGAUUUCAUCUUUAUCUAAAUGUAUAUCAAGCUCUUUUUUAACUUCAAAUAGCCUAAACAGAUACUAACUUUUAUUUCAGAUCUGUUUCAUCCUUUGUAGAAAGAAGAAGUUGUCAAGCCUUUUUUUUUGUAUUUUAAAAACAUUCUUAAUUAUUUAUCAGAGGUUUUAUACUGUUACUGGUUGGUUUUUGUUUUGAAUGGUAAUCAAUUUGGGCUUUUUUGGACUUUUUUUUACCCUAAUUUUCAUUUGAAAGAUGAUUUUUCCCUCUUUAUCUCAUAGUUAAUUCCUUUUAUCUAAAUUAAACAAUAUAUAGAAAAAUAAUUCGCAAGAUUCUUCUUAAUCUGAUACUGGAUUUAUGCUUCAUUUGUGUUUUGAAAGUCUGUUCUACAGUAUGCCUGUGCUUUUCAUUAUUUAUGCCGUCUUUGAGCAACAGUCUAAUGAUUUAUUUGCUAUUUAGCACUAGGGUGAUACAGUGUCUAUUAUAUAUCCUAAAAUUCUUAUUUUUUGUGUUGAAUUUCAUAACAUGUCUUUUACUCAUUAUUUUUUGACAAUUGGGUUACGUGUUUUGAAAGGUUUUGUAGGAUGUAUUGAAACCAGUGCAACAUUUCAUUCUUGGUUUCAUAAUAAAACUGCUUCUUAAGGAAA